UCCGCGCGCCUCCUCCUCCCCCCAACCCGGCGCAAAUCCAUCGCCGAGAUCCAAGUCCACACCACACCGGACGAGGAGCAGGUGAAGCCGCGCGCGGCAUUGGUGCCGGCGGCUGAUCUUCCCGUCGAGCGGCGACGCCAUCGCCGUGCGCCGGCAAGAUCCGUCCGCCCGAGGCCGCGACGCCGCCGUACGGAUCUGAUCCCCUCUCCCUCCCGCCGCCGCCGCCGGAGAAUCGAUCGUCGAUCUCCGGCCGUUCGCAUACCGCAGGUAUGCACACUGCGUGUUCGCGCGUGUCGCCAGCCAUCUCUCACCAUUCAUGCACUAUACCAGUCGGGCGCUUUAUUUACCGAGAGAGAUGGCGGCGUAUUAAUACCGCUGUCUCUAGUACAUUCUUCUUCCGCGUUUAAUUCGCGUUUCUGUUACGAGGAUGGAUAUCUAAUCUGAUCCUUCCCAGUCUGUUGUUAUCUUUUUCUGUUAACCAACCACAGCAGGCCGAGCAGUAGACAAGAUAGAGACGGAAGCGCGCUAGGGUUUCUUCGAUCCAUCUCUCGAUCCUCCCUCCUCCACCUCACCGGGGAAGAAGGCGGCGGAAGAUGUCGUCGUCGAGCUCCCCGUGCGCGGCCUGCAAGCUGCUCCGCCGCAAGUGCACGCAGGGGUGCGUCUUCGCGCCCUACUUCCCGCCGGACCAGCCCUCCAAGUUCGCCAACGUGCACAAGGUCUUCGGCGCCAGCAACGUCUCCAAGCUCCUCAACGAGCUCAACGCCUCGCAGCGGGAGGACGCCGUCAACUCGCUCGCCUACGAGGCCGAGGCGCGCCUCCAGGACCCCGUCUACGGCUGCGUCGCCUACAUCUCCAUCCUGCAGCACAGGAUCCGGCAGACGCGCGAGGAGAUCGCCAACGCGCGCAAGGAGCUCGCGGGAUACAUCGGCAACGCCGCCUACGCGCCCGUCGUCCCCGUCCCCAACGCCGCCGCGCUCGCGCAGGCGCAGUACGCCGCCAUGGGCCUCCACCCGCAGCAGCACCCCCAGCAGCAGAUGCUCGUACAACAGCAGGUGCCGCACCACCACCAGUACAACCAGCUCCACCACCAGCAGCACCACCAGCAGCAGAUCGUCGACGCGCAGCACAUGGCGGCCGCGGUCGAGGCGGCCACGCGGGGACAGCACCAGCACCAGCAGGACAUGAUGAUGAUGCGCCAGGGCUACGCGCCGCCGCAGGGCGUGCCCACGGUGGCGAUCGUGCCUCCGGGCCCGGGCUCCGCCAACCCCGCCGCGUACGGCGGCGCGCCCGCGCAGUUCCUCAUCCAGCAGCAGCAGCAGCCGACGCCUUCCGCCCUCACGACCUUCCGCACGGACCAGCAGUCCCCGCCGCCGCAGUCCUCGGGCCACUCCCACGUCGACAUGUCCCACGCGCCACAGCACCGGCAGCACACGGACGGCAGCGACGAGGGGAGCGGGGGCGCCCCGCCCUCGGCCUGACCGUGUGCUCCCGCGCCUGCCUCACCCGUCGCAGUGUCUCGAUCCAACAUUUCCCCCUAGCUUUUUUUCCCCCAUUGUUUCUUUCAAGCACUUCAUUUGUUGGUCACACGUCGUACGAGUCUUUUCAGUCUUCUUGAUCAUGUGAUAUCGAACUGGCGGCUCCCGGAAAGCAUUUCCAUAUGGCUCCCGGAGGCGGACAAGCUGGUGAUCUUGCUCAAGGCUCUUCAUCAGCUGCUUUUAUCCCUCACAAGAUUGGCAGCCAAAUAAAUGCAGGCCAGAAACAGAGGCAGCAAAGGGAAACUUAUGAACGGAGGUAGAGGUAGACAGAUAUCAGAGUGAGACAGUGAAACAUGCAUGCAAGGUGUGUGUGCAAUGGGGGGCAAAUGGUGAAGCACGCAGCCCGGGGCACAGUCAGCAAGCAUAAAAAACAAGACCACAAAGUUCAGAAUAAAGGCAUCAAAGGACUUAAUUCUUCUGCAUUAUUCUUUUCAGUUUAGUGUAGUGGCUUCAUGUUUUUUCUUCAGUUCUGGGCGGAUUUGUUUCUAAUCAUAAAGUUUACUAUAGCUUCUGUUUGGUUCUAGAAUAUAUUUUUUGAACCGGUAAAA